AUCCCGCGUCCGCCCAACGCCUUCAUCAUGUUCCGCAAGGACCUCGUCAGAGGCGGUUGGCUGAAGGAGUCUGUUGAACGUGAUCAGCGAUGCCAUAGCCGUGUGGCGGGCCACGUAUGGAACAGUUUGUCGCCCGAGCAGCGAGCUCCUUACCAUGCCGCAGCCGAGAGGGAGAAGCAAGAGCACGCCCGCCUGUAUCCCGACUACAAGUAUCACCCCUCUGGACAGAAGAAGAAGGGUUCGAAGAGG